CGUCACAUUUUUGAGCUCUCUUUAGCACGAUUUCAUCAACUGAGACAUACAGUUGCAAGUUUACUGUUAGAAAUGCAAUCCAUGGAAAAUUGUGGUCUUCUGAAAAGUGUUCAGACUAGUUAGCAGAGUUUCUGAAAGACCGGUCGACUGCAACUAAGAACUUAGAUAAAAAGGCAGACAAGAUGCCAGACGCUAUCGAAGAUAAAAUUCGCCUGGUCCUGGAUGGGCAAAUUUUAAGCGACAGCGACGAGCUUUGUGAUUUCACUUUAGCUCAGCAAAACGAAGCUAUCGAGGCGAAAGGAAUCCAGCCUACUGCCAGUUCAACCUACAUUCCUAUCUGCCAUAAGACAGUAACUUAUGUGGUAGCUGCAGUACUCUUUAAUAAUAAUCAUGAAGUAUUAAUGAUGCAGGAAGCAAAGGCUUCCUGUGCAGGGAAAUGGUACCUACCUGCAGGUCGGGUAGAACCGAAUGAAAACCUUGUAGAUGCUGUAAAGCGUGAAGUUUUAGAGGAGACAGGAUUAAUAAUGGAGCCAACAUCUCUAAUAAUGGUUGAAUGUGCAAGUGGUUCUUGGUUCCGGUUUGUUAUGACUGGACAUGUAACUGGAGGAACUUUAAAGACUCCGGAACAAGCUAACAGUGAAUCUUUACAAGCUUGUUGGGUUAAUAACGUUGAAGAUCUCUCAUUGAGGUCAAAUGACAUCAUUCCAUUGAUUCAGAGAGGCCGAGACUAUUUAACAGGUAUUGCUGCACCAUGGCAUCCUUGUUUAUUACCAAUGACCAAACCUAGAACAAAACUGUACUUACGGCUCAUUGUUUGUAUUAAAAAAAAAGCUACGAAUAGAUUACAUGUUUUGAUUUCUGAAAAGACUGCACUUCACUUGCCGAUAUGUGAAAUAAAUCCAAACCGUAAUCUUCACUCGACACUACACAAAUUCAUGGUGGAAAUUUUUGGAGACAAUGUUGCGCAACACAGGCCGCACGGUUUAUUCUCCGUGGAAUUUAGCGGCGGUGAAGGUGGAGACGGACUCUGUUUCACACUUUUAGUAUCAUUCAGACCGCCAUUAGAAGAAGUUCCUAUCAUUGGAAAAUAUGUAUGGCACGAACUUCCACAAAAUUUGGCAGAAUCAUUGACAGCUCGGUUGCCUCGAAAUAUGACAAUACCAUUAAAUGUAGUACGUUAACCCAUUCGAAUGAAAAAAUCUUUUCAGAUGACAACAUGACGAAUCGAAGAUUAGUGAGGUAUUGUUAAAGUUGUAAGAAAAUGUUGGUAAUCUUUUACGAAAAUUUUAGAUUAGUGAUAUCUCUUUGAUUCUCAAAUUUCUCAAUCAGCACGUUCUAAAAUUUGUAAUAGCAAACAGCUUUUACUUUACAAUUUAAACUCGUGCAAACUCCAUUCUGCUACUUAUUUGUUUGGGAGUGUAAAUAUCCAUUAGAAUUUCAUUUCUAUGCGAAAUUGAAUAAUUAAUUGAAGUAUAUUGUAAGAUAUUCUAAUAAUAUUUGUAUAUAAGAAACAAUUAUUUUCACGUGCUUACAUUGGCGAAUUUUUUUG